AUGCCACACCCGAGCAAGAUGUUCGUGGCGUCGAUGAGCGACCCAUCAGAAGACGACGGUACUCGCAGUCCGCUCAUGAAUCUGUCGUCUAGGCCUCUACUUCCCAAGGAGCAGCCCGAGGCACAGGAGAUAGACAAGCCACCUACCAGACGGAUACAUCUCGAUGACGGUCAUAUACAGCGCAUAUUUCAUGCUGAAGACGCCUACGCAUGGGGACCCAUUGCCGUGUGA